AUGAAACAAGUGAAAGAGGAGGUCAUCGAUUUGGACUACGAAGAGCAAGAUGAAAUGCGGUUUCGUGAUGAAGAUGAGGAUGCCCUAAUGGUCGCGCGAAAGAUAAAGCAAGAGUUUUGCGAAGAGUCAUCCUCCUCGGCCACAUCAACACCACCUCUACGAACACCGGUACAAAUAAUUCAAGAAAAUAUUCGAACGGAAAUUGAGCGGCCACCACCAUUAGUCUUCGAUCAUUUCAUUUGUAUGCGAAUCGGUCUCAACUCAAAAAAUAAUGUGCAACGACUCAUGGCCCUACUGACUGCUCACGAAUUUGUUGACCUUACUGUACUACCAACACCAUCUAUAGUCCAUCAGCAACCAAUGCCACCAAUAAUUCCAAUGAUACCUCAACAAAGAAUGAUGCCACCUUGCCAUCAAGAAGCUUCUACUUCAAAAUCUGUCUCCCUCAUUGAUUACGAAAAUGAACGUCGAAAAUUAAAAAAAAGUGUUAUAAAAAAAGUUAGCCAUCGCCCUAUGCUAAAGACAUCGCCGUCUGCAGACUGCGGUAUUAUUCCAAUCAAUCUCCAAUGUAAAAAAUGUGAAGAAAUUAUUCCAAAAGGAUCACACGGGUCAACAGCACUUAUGCACGUACAAAAACAUCAUCUCAAAAUGGCUGCUUUUCAAUGCCGAAUUUGCAAACAUUACAGGACAACCCAGGAAAGAAUUCAAUCUCACGUUACAACAGUACAUAAAGCCAAAUCCACUAAAUUUGAUUCAUCGCUAGCAGGUCCUCUAUCCAGCGAAGAUAUGCGAAAGAUGGAAGAAAUGAUAACCUACUGUUUCCCUCCACUUAAAAUGGAGCUUCAAGUUACGGAUAGACUAGUCGCACGGACUAUGACAAUUGAUCUUGGUCCAAAAUAA